AAACGUCGCUAUUGCUGCGUAAAGGACUGUCACAGCCGCGAAGGGGACUCGAGCGUGAAGCUUUACCGCUUCCCUUCGAGACCUUGGGAAGCGACAAGGCGACAGAAGUGGGUUACGGCAGUGCGACGCACCAAUGGUGAAGACAACAGUGACUGGUGUCCAAACGACAACUCAAGAAUAUGCUCCAAACAUUUCGUCAACGGCGAGAAGAGCAACAUCGCUACACACCCGGGGUACCUUCCAACUAUAUUCCCACCGAUCUACAAGAAGCAGCCAGCAGUGCCUGCAGCUCAGCUGUCAAGAUUUAACAGGUGGAGGAAGAGAUCUUCAACAGCACCAGCUUCGUCUUCCACAGCACCAGCUAUGCUAGAGGCUACUGAUGCCAACCCCACAACCGUGCCAGCAGCAACAGGGAUGGACACCUUUGAUGAGGCAGUGCACGAAGGCCUGGACUUGUUGUGUGCUGCCGCUGAAGUCCAUAAACUACCUAGAUCAGUGGAAACACAAACUGAAGACACAGGCACUUAUACCAGAAGCUUUUCAGUGUUUACUUGUUUCAUUCGGGGACCAGAGGCAUCGACUCAAGUGACGCACUGCGAGACCAGCGACUGUGGCGUGCAGCACAAGCCAGACGUUGCCAGCAGGCAUAGUGGUCCUGACCAUAGGACAAGCUUCUUUGCAGGCUAUGACACCAUUGCAAAGUCUGCCACUGCUCUUGAAGAUCUAUGCAGUGUGAGCCAAGUGGUCUUUGCUUUGCUUUUAAGCCUACUUCCUAUUUCUUCCGAACGCAAGUGUGAUGUUUCAAUGGAGAACAGGCUACUUCUCUUCCUGAUGAAACUGAAACUUGGGAUUAGCUAUUCAUCCCUCGCCAUUCUUUUCUCUAUAAAUGAAACUUCCGCAUCGCGGCACUUCAAAAGUGUGCUGAAGACCCUUGCCGUGGCAACGAAAAAUUGGAUUUUUCGUCCCCCAGCUAGAGUUAUUCGGGCUACGAUGCCAGACAGCUUUAAGCUGCACUAUCCAGGCUGCACCAUGAUUAUUGACUGCACAGAGAUUCGCACUGAGCAGCCACCAACUGUGCAGCAACAACGAACGCUUUACUCCAACUACAAAGGGGGAUAUACAUUGAAAUUUUUAGUUGCUAUAACACCAGGCGGCAUGAUUUGUUUUCACUCCGAGGCUUUUGGAGGUAGGCUAUCUGAUGCGCAUGUCACUGUCAAUUCUGGUUUUUUAAAUCUGGUUCAGCCUGGAGAUGUGAUUCUUGCAGAUAAAGGAUUCCCUGGAAUCCGAACAGUUUUAGGAAAUGGAAACGCUGUGCUUGUUAUGCCACCAUUUCUUCAUGGACCCCAAUUUAACGCAGAAGAGGUUAGAGACACGUAUAAUGUUGCCCAAGUGCGAAUACAUGUGGAAAGAAUGAUUCAGAGAAUCAAAGUGUAUAAUAUCUUAAACAACCGCAUUCCGGUUAAGCUGAUUCCAGGCAUGACAAAUGUCUUCCACAUGUGCUGUAUUCUUGCAAAUCUUCAGCCACCAAUUAUUAGGCGUUAG